AUGGCUUCCGAUUCUACGCCUGGUCCAUUCGACUUUCCUUCAGACUCAGCUUUACGAGCUGGAUCGUCUUCGAGCGUAACUGGCAAGGGCGAGGCUAUGGAGGAACGUCCAAUGUCGCUGCCUCCUCUUGCUCUCAAGCGGCACAUUGCGCAAAGCAAUAGGUGUCUGGCUGGUCUGCCGGACAGGUUUCUGGAUGUAGAUGCCUCGCGGAUGGCGCUUGGCUUCUAUUGCCUUUCAUCCUUAGACGUGCUAGGCGCAAGGGAAACACGCGUCUCAAAAGCCGAUCGCGAGGCAUGGAUUGCAUGGAUAUGGGAGCAGCAGGCUCCUGGCGGCGGCUUUCGACCCGGCCCCUUUUCGACGACGACUGGCGAUAGACUUGGAGAAUUCGCCAAUGAUAUCCCUGCCAAUGACGUCGGCACCGCUUCGACCUCAAAGCCAGAACUAGACUCAGAUACUGCGCCAGGUCACCUCAUCAUGACGUAUUGCGCUCUCUUGAGUCUAGCUGUACUCCGCGCGGAGUAUGCGCGAUUGGAUCGACAAGGAUUGAAACAGUUCGUGGGUCUGUGCCAGGGCUCAGAUGGCGGGUUCUCGACGCAGCCACUCACUGCCUACCCGUAUGCUGAUGCGGAUCUGCGCAUGCUCUACUGUGCAUGCGUCAUCUGCAGCUUACUCGAGGACUGGAGUUGCAUCAACACUUCCGCUGCCAUCGAAUUUGUGCGCAACUGUCGAACAUACGAAGGUGGAUACGCUCAAACUCCAGGUGGUGAAGCUUUGGGCGGCACGUCGUACUGUGCCAUCGCUGCUCUUGAUCUACUGAGAGUGCCUCUGGGUGGGAGGGAGCGCAGUCAGACUAUACGAUGGCUUAUGCAAACGCAACAGUCCGAUGGCGGGUUCUCAGGCCGCAUUGGGAAGAUAUCUGAUGCAUGCUACUGUUUCUGGCAGGUCGCCGCUCUGGAUAUCCUGGAUGCAAGGGUGGAAACAUUGGACGCCGAACAGCUCGCAAGCUAUCUCGCAAGUUGUCAACAUGUAUAUGGCGGUAUUGGAAAGGCACCAGGCGAAAUGGCAGACCCCUACCACACCUAUCUUUCGCUAGCCGUUCUCUCCAUCUCCCCGCCGUCGAAUGGUGACACCAGCUGGCAGCUUCCACAACUCGAUGCACGAAUUAACGGAACCGCGACGACCGUGGCGUGGGCCAGGGAGAGGAUCCCGUUACCGUGA